AUGGUCCUUUUCCGUUUCAUGGAAGUCAACAACUUGGGCGACGGCAUGGUCCUGAAGCUCCCGGACACGAAACAAUUUCCCGUGCCGUCGCACGUCGCCAGUCUCCCCAACCCCGUCACCGUCCGCUACCACUCGACGACGGGAUCCUUAAAGGAUACGUCGAAGGUGGAAUUGUGGCACUACUCUGGCGAAGACAUCGACCUGGAGAAGCCUGCCGCCGUUUUCUGCAUUUUCGCGCUCAGAGACACAAAAGCUCGCUCCACCAUCAGUCCUGUCAUGCAGCACGCUAUCAACUGUGCCAUUAUCCAUGCUGUCACUGGCAGGUGA